AUGUCUCCAUCACCUACAGUUGUAUCCGAUUCGAUGGCUUUCGUAAAUUCGACCCACGAUACAGAUGAUUCUACUGACCGCGAACUGCCACCACCACCAAAUCCUUCGUCCGAUGCAGGUCUCACGGUUCAUCUUUGUUCGAAUGAUCGUGAGGUAUCACCACCUUCUCCUAAUAGCAUCGACAUUUUUACUCUUUCGCCAGUAACGGCUCUUAAGCUGUUAUGUGCUGGUAUCGAAGCUCUAGUUCAGUUCACGGGGGAUAUUCCUCCCAUGCCAGCUUCGACCGAAACGACGAUGCCGAAUAUGAGAGGCAUGCAGGCAGAGAAAGAAAGUAUACGAAGGUCCGGAUCGUGGACAAACUUGGCAGGCUUCCGACAACGAACCACUGGAUCGGACGUCGUAGAUGGAGUAAAUCUUCGUCAAAAACCUAUGGAAAUAGAAAUACAACGCAUUGUGCCCGCAGAACCAUACAUUAUUGUUGGAGAGAAUGCAGAACCUUUGAAUGUUCAGCACAGUGCUAUCACACGAAAAUUCUACUCCAAGCAACCUCCUCCGAUCUCUCUGGAAGAUUACUUGAUGCGAAUACACCGAUGGUGUCCAAUGUCAACCGCCGUCUAUCUGGCAACGAGCUCCUACAUACACAGAGUAGCAGUCGAUGAACGCGUAAUACCUGUGACACGGCGAAACUCGCAUCGACUAAUAUUAGCCGGACUACGAGUAGCGAUGAAAGCACUCGAAGAUCAAAGCUAUGCCCAUGCACGCUUCUCGAAAGUUGGAGGAGUCAGUGAACAAGAGCUUUCGAGAUUGGAAAUCAAUUUUUGCUUUCUCACAAAUUUCGAAUUUAAGACGAGUAAAGAGGCUCUUUUACAGCACGCGAUAAGUCUAAAAGAGCUUUCAUCUUUACAGGGAGGUGUCAACUUUAUUCCAAAAAUAACACUCUUGAACAAGGGUAAAUCGAAUAUGGCUGCACAAGAGACUGUGUUGGAAGUAACUGCAGACGCGUAA